UUGCCUUCCUUCCCCUCUUCAAUUUCUGCACAAUUCUCGGAUCUGAUUACCCCUCCUCUCCCCAAAAUGCACAUUCUGAAAUGGGUCUUGUUCGGCGUGUUGCUAGCUGUGUCGGUUGCGGAGGUGUCGACGACGACGGUGGCGCCUGUCUGUGUAGAGGAAGAUAGAGCUUCAUUGAUGAGUUUCAAGGCAAGAAUUGUGCAGGACACGACCGAUAUUCUAGCGUCGUGGACUGGCAGGGAUUGCUGCAAUGGCGAUUGGGAAGGCGUGUCGUGUGGGACGAUGGGACGAGUGACGAAGUUGCAGCUGCAAAGACCGGAGAAGAACAGUGAGAUGUUCAUGAAAGGAACACUCUCUGCUGCUCUUGGCAAUAUGCAGUUUCUUGAGGUAAUUGUGAUAAGUGGAAUGAAGCAUAUUAGUGGCUCCAUUCCUGAGAGCUUCUCUGCUCUAUCUCGUUUGACCCAAUUGGUUUUAGAGGACAAUGGCCUUGGAGGAACCAUCCCUUCAAGUAUAGGUCACCUGUCCUCUCUCCAGAUCCUCUCUUUAAGUGGCAACCAUUUGAGAGGCCAAAUUCCACCCAAUAUAGGCAACCUUGUGAACCUUCUCCAACUAAACUUAGCCAAGAAUUCACUUUCUGGGCCAAUCCCACAAACAUUCAAAGCCUUUCCUAGCUUACAGUACUUUGAUCUAAGCUUCAACGAGCUCUCUGGUGCCCUCCCAGCUCAUGUGGGUCAGUUCAAGAACCUCACUUACCUCGACGUGUCGAACAACCAGCUUUCCGGGCCUAUCCCUACCGCCAUUUUCAGCUUGCCCAAGCUUUUGGACUUGUUAUUAAGCAACAACAAGCUCACAGGAACCAUUCCUGUCCAAAUUGAAGGCCUGAAGUCCAUUACAACUCUUUCACUAAGUGGCAAUCAGCUAAGAGGUCAAAUUCCAGCUUCCAUUUCUAAGCUUCAGAAUCUAUGGAACCUUAAUCUAUCAAGAAAUGGGCUCUCGAAUCCAUUGCCAACCAUUCUUGUAAGCAGCAUUCCUUCACUUUUGACAAUAGAUCUAUCCUAUAACAGGUUUGUUUUUGGGACAGUUCCUGCUUGGAUCAGAAACAAGCAACUUUCAGAGGUUCAUCUAGCUGGGUGUGGACUCAGGGGAGCCCUCCCCAUCUUUAGAGUAUCAGAUUCUAUAACCUCUAUAGACCUCUCAGACAAUCAUUUCACAGGUGGGAUAUCAAAUUUCAUGAAAAACAUGUCAAGUUUGCAAAAACUCAAGCUCUCAAACAACCAGCUGAGAUUCAGCCUCUCAGAACUCAAAUUACCAGAUGUUUUCUCCUCUCUUGAUCUUCACUCAAAUCAAAUUUAUGGGUCACUCUCAAACAUAUUAAACAGAGAAACCAGUGGCUUUUUAGAGGUAAUUGAUGUAUCAAACAACCAAAUCACAGGCGCUAUUCCAGAGUUCACCUCUGGCUUGGGUUUGAAGGUCCUCAACAUUGGAUCAAACAAGAUUUCCGGUCACAUUCCCAGCUCAAUCUCGAACCUGGGAGAGCUAAUAAGGUUAGAUAUCUCAAGAAAUCAAAUACAAGGAACAAUUCCAACGAGUAUUGGAGCUUUAAAGAAGCUCCAAUGGUUGGAUUUAUCCGUUAAUUCUCUCACAGGCAAAAUAUCAAACACCUUGUUGGCAAUCCCGCGGCUUCGACAUGCGAACUUCAGAGCGAACAGAUUGUGCGGGAAAAUCCCACAAGGGAGGCCGUUUAAUGUGUUUCCAGCCGCCGCUUAUGCCCAUAAUCUGUGUCUUUGUGGGACGCCAUUGCCGCCCUGUAGAGAAGCAGAAGAAUGGAAAUUGUGAAAACGAAGAAGAAUCAAAGACUGCCCAUUACGAGAAUGGCUUGUUUAUUGCCGCUCAUCAUCUCAAAUGAGCUCCCAUGGCGUCGAGGAGCUAUGAAUCCACACAUUUUAGCUCCGCUCCUUUAAAGUUACAUUUCUUGUUCUUGUUCUUGAUUUGAUUUUACAGUGAACUUAUCUUGUUUGCUUAAUAUUUGAUAAACAUAAAAGAUAAAUAUUGUUUUUUU